CUUAAAAGAGUGUUUGACUUUCCAGUGGGGACCAUUUCACUUGGUGCUCAGUGGAGCCAGAGCAAUCCUUUGAAAUGGCCAACAUAUGGGAGAAGCUAAAAAGUGAACAACGGAAGGAGCUGUGCAGUGUCCACAAGGAGAAGGUGAAGCUAUUUUGUAAAACUGACAAUCAGCCCAUGUGUGUUGUUUGUCAAAGUUCAAAAAGCCACCAAAGCCAUGAGCUGCUGCCUCUGGAAGAAGCGACUGAAGAAUUUAAGGAGGAACUUCGAAGCUUACUGAAGCCGGUCCAGGACAAGAAGAAAGAAUGUGAUGCUGUAAGAAACCACUAUAAGAGGACGUUAAGCCACAUUCAGGAUCAAGGUGUAAAGACAGAGAAACAGAUUAAAGCUGAAUUUGAAAAACUUCACCGGUUUCUCCGUGAGGAAGAGAGGAUUGUGUUGAAAGAUCUGAAACUAGAGAAAGAGGAAAAAUGUCGGGAGAUGAAGGAAAGGAUUGAGGAGAUUACAAAAGAAAUCUCAUCCCUUUCAGUCACUGUUCAGGAUAUUGAACAAGAGCUGAGGGAACAGGACAGCAUUAAGUUCUUAACGAAAAUUCUGGAAUCAAAGGAAAGAGUGAAGCAAACUCUCCCAGAGCCACAGAAGGUUUACCCUUUAAUAAAUGUGGGCAAGUACAUCGGCUCCCUGCAGUACAGAGUGUGGAAAAAGAUGCUGACAGUGAUUAAUACAGGCCCCAUUAUUUCCAUGAAGCAAUUUUCUGUGAAGCGAGCUUUCGCUGGAAUGCAAUGACGGCAUUGUAGGAGAACUACCUCUACUUGGAAAUGACCUGGAUAACUAGACUUUAAAAAGCCACGUAACUCACUGAAACCUCACACACUCCAGAAGAAAAUAUCAGCAUCAAGAAGCAGGGAGAUCAGGAGCAGGAAGGACAGCCUCAACUCUAGUUUGACCAGCUUCAGUUGGAGUAAUAUUGGACCCUCUUAGUGCUGUAAUGCAGGUCAACAUCAUCUUGUCUGUGUAAGGAUUGUCUUUGGUUUAUUGGGAUCGAGUCAAACUCAAAUGUUUGUUUGUUUACUUGAUAUGCUACUGUACAGGACUGAACUGCAUUUGUGACAAUGUAUAUGUACAAAGACGUUUUAAUGAAUAAACUGCAUUUUUGAAAUAUAAAAAAUCUUGUGCUCCUAAAGCAGAUUGUAAACCAGUGUGAGGCAUUUAAUAACUGUAAAGGUAUUUGGAGAAUUAGAGGGAAAAGUGGUUCCAUAUGCAUAUAAUAUAUAUGUGUGUGUGCUCAGGCAGCAUUCAAGGAGCAGGAGAA